CUAUAUUUGUCUUCAAAGGCACCUGAAAGGCUGUUGAGGAUACCGCUUAGUUUUAAACAACACACACACACACACACACACACACACAUAUAUAUAUAUAUAUAUAUAUAUCAUAGGUCUGAAGCAGUUCAUUUCAUAGUGCUAUCCACGUGUUAUGAGUUGUAGGCUUGUUUCUGGUCUAUGAUGGCAGUAGGUAAAAUUGGAUAUAAUUCUUUUCUGAUAUAUCAUGCUUUACUAUUUUUUAUCUUCUCUUUUAUACUUCUAUGCCCGAGACUAAUAGAGAAAAUGAAGACCAGUCACCUUGGAUCACAUGUUGGAAGCUCGGAAACUCUUGGCUCAAAUUACCGUGAAGCUCAGAACCUAACGAGGAACAGUUAUUUUACUAAGUAAAAUAGCCUAUCUCUCCUUCUGAGUCCUGAGCCGGAGCAAAGGCCACACUGAAAAUGGAAGCCUCUGCGAUAAACUGUACAUCCUUAUAUGCAAAACCAUACAGUAAGAAGGGCCUGUCAUCUUCAAUAACUCUUCUGCGUCGAUCUGAUAUCUACUUACAACGUCUGAAAUCCAAUGUUUAUCUUCAUCCUUCUGUUUCCCUCAGACACAAAGCAUUUCAAUUGGUUGCUUCAUAUGGAACAGAGUUCUCAAGAGGGUUAGAGACAGCUGGAAUCAGUAUCCAUUCAACAAACACCGUGAUGGCUGUUCGUACUAAAUUCCAGUUGCACAAGAAGUGUCACUUUGGAGAACACUUUCUCCUGGUGGGAAAUGAACCUGCCAUUGGCAUGUGGAAUCCUUCAAAGGCUAUACCACUGAACUGGUCUCAUGGAAACAUUUGGACCACUGAGAUUUUUAUAAAAGUUGACUCGCCAAUUCAAUACAAGUUAAUACUCAAACAAAGUUCGGGAGAUAUAGUGUGGCAACCUGGUCCGGACCGAAUAUUUCGUGCUUGGAAAACCAAUAAUCGCAUAAUUGUCAUAGAAGAUUGGGAAAAUGCUUCACUUCAGAAAAUAACCGAAGAGAAAACUAAUAAUCAUAAUGCAGAACUAUUGGUAAACCAUGAUAGGCAACCAACUGAUGCUGAGAAUAUUAGGCGUAUCAGAGAGGAGCUUAAACUGAUGGCGAAAAAGGGUGCAAAGUUUUCUGAAUCAACUACUAGAACUGGCAAUGAUUUCAUUGUUGGAGAGAAGACUAAAUAUUCAACAGAAGGACCUUGGACAAAUGCACACAUGGGAGUUAGCAUUGCAGGCGGUUACAAGAAAGAGGCACCGAUAUACAAGAACAAACCAAGAACUUCGAGAAGAAAAUUUCUGUUAAGUAUGGAAGAUGGAGACUUGGGCAUUCAUGAAGAAGGUUUUGUCCUUGUGCCUGGGUUGAAACAGAUAGUGUCUUAGGACUACUUUUUGAUCAAUUAAGCCUUUCAUUUCGUUAGUUGUUUCACGUUAAUGAGAAUCCAAAAAUUGCUGUGCUUAUCAGCUUCAUGAUUCGGACAAUGAGGAGCCAAUUAAUGUAAAUAUGACCAUGGUUUUGAGGUUUUGCCGGAAUGCCCUCUUUCUUUAAUGCAUUUGUUUCAGUGCCAACCCUCCAGCAUUUGGCAUACUUUCUUAUUGACAACACAUUCUCGUGAUUUUGCAU